AUGGUGACCGAGGAGGUGGUGCUGCUGGAGGGCGCGCGCCUGGCCGCGCUGCUGCGGGAUCCGGCGGAGGCCGCGCGCACGCUGCUGCUGGACUGCCGGCCCUUCCUCGCCUUCUGCCGCGCGCACGUGCGCGACGCGCGGCCCGUGCACUGGAACGCGCUGCUGCGGCGCCGGGCGCGCGGCCGCGGCGGCCUCGGCCUGGAGCGGCUGCUGCCCGAGCAUCAGCCAAUCUUGCUGGGCCAUGGUGGGCCUGUGGAGAUCCUUCCGUUCCUCUUCCUGGGCAGCUGCCACCACUCCUCCAACAGGGAGGUGCUGGAGUCCCUGGGGAUCACGGCCGUGCUCAACGUCUCUUCCAGCUGCCCCAACUACUUCGAGGGGCAGUUCCUCUACAAGAGCAUCCCGGUGGAGGACAACCACAUGGCGGAGAUCAGCGUCUGGUUCCAGGAAGCCAUUAACUUCAUCGAUGCGGUGAAGAGCAGCGGCGGGCGGGUGCUGCUGCACUGCCAGGCGGGCGUCUCCCGCUCGGCCACCAUCUGCCUCGCCUACUUGAUCCAGAGCCGCCGGGUCCGGCUGGAGGAGGCCUUCGACUUCGUCAAGCAGCGCCGCGGGGUCAUCUCGCCCAACUUCGGCUUCAUGGGGCAGCUGCUGCAGUUCGAGACGGAGGUGCUGUGCCACUAGGCGGGUGGCCCUCUCUCCGCGGACAGAGACCUGCGGUGCUCCUGCUUGCAUCCCAGCGGGGAGCUGCGGCCCAGGGCACGCGCCAGCGUCCUGCUUCCCCCAGGGCGCCCUGGGGUCCCACAGGCGAAGGGAAGGGGCGCCGCCACGGCCAGUACAGGCUUCUCCCUCUGGCCGUGGGAAACGGCCCGGCCCUCUGAAGAGAACAAGAGAAGGAAGAGAAGAGGACACGCAGCAGCACCUGGGGUGUCCUCCAGCCCCUUUGGGGAACCAGCCAGGUCUUGCCGAUCCCCACGGCACAGAGUGGCGAACGGGGUGUGUCUUUCCCCUUCCCACACCCUCGCGGCUUGCCACCGCACUCACGAAAGCCGUGCCUCACCUCCUGCUUCCUCAGCCCUCCAGAUGCCUGGGGCUUCGGCUCCCAACAGCCCCCGCCGACAAGGCAGACGGCUGGGAGCUGGUGGCCAGAAGGGCUCUGGGGACUUCCGCAAUGUGAGCUCCCGGGGCAGCUUGCUCCGUCCGGACACCCAAGCGAGGCGUGCGACGCGAAACGGCCCGUGCCGUUUCCGGCCUGUGGUACCCGCCUCUCGCCCUUCCUCCACGGUGUUGGGCGGCGCCCUCGCUCGCGUUCCCCUCAUUGAGCUCCACAACUUACCUGCGAGGAGGCGAGGCUGUGAGGGGGAGCUUGCGCCAGCCCCGCACUCAGGUUCCUCACUGGCUUGGGCUUCUUGAACCCACGACCUCCUUGCUGCGGUCCACAGCACCCCUGGCCUCCUGUUGGCGCAUUGAGCCGCUCCAGGGGCUCACGGCAGCUCUGGCAACCCGCAAAGACUUUGCAGAGCAAUAAGAAUCGGGCUCCCCCGUCCACGUUUGGGCCAGAGCGGGGCCACGUCUCUGUCUCUGCAGCCCAGCCCUGCUCUCCCCCAGGCAUGCAGACUCUGCUGGGCCAGGGGUGAUGUCCCAGCCCUUCCCCAGGUGCGCACAUCUUCUCCAUCUGGGCUUCCAUGCAUGCCCAGCUGUUCGCAGGCUCCCCCCAGCAAAUCCAUGGGAGCGACAAAGCCCGCAGGGCUGCCAGCGCGCCACGAGAAGCGAAGCCUGGCCAAUUUCACGCAGCUGCGGCUCAGAUCACAAAGAGAAGUUAGCUGGCCUCAGCCUUGCCCUCCCUGGUGGCCUCCCAGGCAGGAUGGACUGCAGUGCCGUCACUCCCAGCCAGCCCGGCCAGCGGCUGGGCAAGGCUGAAUGGCAGGCCCCUCUUGCAGUGGUUGCGGUGUGGUCACCUGCCCGCCUCUCCCUCACGCAGGCUGGCCAGGGCCCCAGGCGCAUUCUCGAGGCGCCGCUAAGCUGCUCCAUCACAACUGCCGUGAGAACGGGAGCCUGGCCUUUGCUAGGGUGAGGGUUGGCCGCCCUGUCCCCAAACCUGGAAGGGGGAAGGGGCCUGCCCCCCACAGGCCGGGCCGGACUGUCUCUUCUUCGUGGACAACACCCACCGCAGCCAAAGGCACCCCUUCCCAGGCCCCCGGGCGGUGUAGGGCACAAUCCGCCAGGCGGUCUCCCUUCCCUUCCACGAGGCUCGACGGAUUGGAGUCCAGGGUGCGGUUUGGGUCCAGUGCCGGCCUUCUCCCCCACCCCACUCCCCAAAAGCAAUGGGUGAUUUGUACAUUCUGUUAGGAGAACCUCUUUCUUGACUGACACCAAUUUUAAAGAGGUCUUUUGCACUUUAUAUUUAUUAUCAUCGCCUGUUGCAAUAAACAACCAAUUUUUA